ACGCCCCCGUGUAAGAACCACAAACCUAGGGUUUAUUAGCUUUAACGUUCUAAUAUCUGCCUUUCUAAAAUCUACUCGACUCACUCGUUCCCUCCUUUCAAUCACUUGCUCUGAGUUUCGAUUUUGUGUACCCUUUUGCUGCAAUCAAAUGGCAAAGAAGCCCAAAAACCCAGACAACAAGGAGAAAGCCAAUGGCGAUUCUAGCUCUGGUUCAGCUUCAGGUUCGUCCAAUAUUUUCAAAACCCUCUUUGGGGAUGUCCCAGAACAGGGUACCUCCGGUUCGAUCUUCUCAGACGACAAUCCGUUCAGAAGAAAAGCCAAUGGUUCGGUUGGAGAUGUCGAUAACCCUAGUAGUGCCGAUUCUGAAAACCCUAAUUUUGUUGAGGUGAAGAAGAGGAAGAGAAGCAAAGAGAAAAAACCCAAUUUGGAUUCGGGUUCGGCUGAUGAAGCUCCGGUGAGUCCUUCGGAGAUCAAGAAGUCUAGGAGAGAUAAACCUAGAGAGGAAGGAGAAAGGCCUGAUUUGGGUUUUGACUUGAAGGAAUCAUCGAAGAAAAGUAAAGGGGAAAACCCUAAUUUGGAAUUAGAAUCGAAGGAAUUGUUGGAGAAAGGCAAGAGCAAAGCCAGAGGGGUGAAUUCGGAGAUUGAGGUAAAAGAUGAGGAGAAAGGGAAGGAGAUGAAGAAGCAGAAGAAGAGGAAGAGAGAUGAGCUUGAAGAGAAGUAUGAGGUGAAGCGAUAUGGGGUUGUGGCGGAGAAAGAUGAAGGUGGAGGAGGAGGAUUGGGAGGCAGACUUGUAGGAGAGAAGAGGAAAACAGUGGAUAAUCCAGAGGACAUGUUGGUUUCGAAAGAAGAUUUUGAUGAUGAAGAUAAGCUUUUGAGGACUGUGUUUGUUGGGAAUUUACCAUUGAAGGUGAAGAAGAAGGCUUUGUUGAAGGAAUUUAGCCAGUUUGGAGAGGUUGAGUCUGUGAGAAUCCGGUCUAUUCCGAUAAUAGAUAGCAAAGUUCCGCGAAAGGGUGCUAUAAUUAAGAAACAAAUCAAUGAUUCUAUUGACAGUGUUCAUGCGUACAUUGUUUUCAAAACAGAGCAGUCUGCCCAGGCUUCUUUGGAUCAUAAUAUGGCCGUGGUUGGAGGAAAUCACAUUCGUGUUGACAGAGCAUGCCCACCUCGAAAGAAGCUGAAGGGUGAGCAGCCAUUACUCUAUGAUAACAAGAGGACUGUUUUUGUGGGCAACCUCCCAUUUGAUGUGAAGGAUGAAGAACUAUAUCAGUUGUUUUCUGGUAUCAAGGAUCUGGAAUCCAGCAUUGAGGCCAUUCGGGUUAUCAGAGAUCCUAAUACGUGUGUUGGAAAGGGCAUUGCUUAUGUCUUGUUUAAAACAAGGGAUGCUGCAAAUGUGGUCAUCAAAAAACGUAACUUGAAGCUCCGAGAUCGUGAUCUGAGACUCUCUCGUGCCCAAUCAAAUGCUACUCCAUCUAAGAGGAAAAGCCCAUCAUCUGCAGAGACAAAUCAUUCUCCAGCCAAGAAGUUUGCAGCAGAUUCAAGAACUCCGAACAGUAACAAUAAAGUCAAAACAAAGGCAUCUAUCUCUUAUCAAGGUGUGAGGGCAAGCAAGUCUGGUGUACAGAAGAAAGUAAGUACCAAAAUCGCUGAGCCAUCGAAAUUGAAAUCCAGAAUUCAGAAAGGAGACCUGCCGAAAGAGCGAAAGAUAAAGAGACCAUCUGUUGCUGCCAGAAAGGCAAAUGUGCUAAAGGGUGGUGGUGGUGGUGCUUCAAAAGAAGCUGGGAAAAAGCGCAAGCUGGGAAGCCAGACUCCAGAAAGUGCUCGCCCAAACAAGAAAGCUAGGAAAUUCAGGUAGGAUUUACGCUGCAAUAAGUUGCGCAAAUCUGGACAUGGCUUGGACAAGCGCUUAACUGUAUGCUCACAAGACUGUAUACUAGCUGCCCACUUCAUUUUCAGUUAGUCUUUCAUACAAUAUUUAUUCAUUGUUUUUCCCAAAGAGAAAAAAAGAAAAGGUCACUGACUAUAUUAUGUAACCAGGAAUCUAUAAUCCGUUGCGUGUGGUAAUGGAUAUUUUUCUCUUGCCGUUUGUGUUAAAUUUAAAAUGUCAUGUUGGAGGGAAGAA